GUUCGAUGUGGGUCGCAGAGAAAAGCCAACCAAGCUGUCCUGAUAAUAAACACACACACAACAAAACAUAAAUUAAGGAUUUAACUAAGGGGUUGCAAAACCACAAGCCAAGCUGUCCUGAUAACAAAAGUAACCCAACUCAGCUCCUCCCAUUUUCAUUUCCCUCAUAAAAACACCCCAACUCUUCCCCCUUCUCAAAGCAAAAGCAAAAGAGAUUAAAAAAAAAAGUGCUUAAACCAAAGAAAAUUCAAGAACUACACACACCUGAGUGUUUAUAUGUGUGGGGAGAAAGAGAUGAUACAGAGCCAGCAGCUGCAAACACUGAUGCAAUCAUCAGGUAGUCAAAUGUCAAGCAAUCCCAGCUUCAAUGGGAGCAAUAGCAUGACUCUUCAAGAUGAUGAGGACAUGUCUAAGUCUGCUCUCAAUACUUUUAGAGCCAAGGAAGAAGAGAUUGAGAAGAAGAAGCUGGAGGUUAGAGAGAGGGUUCUUGCUCAGAUGUCGAGGAUUGAGGAGGAGACUAAGCGUCUUGCUGUCAUUCGUGAGGAACUUGAAGGACUGGCUGAUCCAAUGAAGAAGGAAGUUGGAGUUGUUCGUAAGAAAAUUGAUUUGGUCAACAAAGAACUCAAGCCAUUAGGACAAACCUGCCAGAAGAAGGAGAAAGAGUACAAAGAAGCUCUCGAGGCUUAUAAUGAGAAGAACAAGGAGAAGGUACAGUUGGUUGGAAGGUUGAUGGAGGUAAGCAAUCUGGUAAACGAAAGCGAGACUCUGAGGAUAAAGAAGCUGGACGAGCUAAGCAAGAGCAUAGAAAGUACACGCUGAAUGAUGAACAAAAUGUAUCGCUGAUGACUUCUUAGGGCUGUGUGAAGAUUAUGUUCUAGCUAUAUAUGGCAGUUUGGCUUACUUUUCAGGAUUUUUCUAUUUUUUUUUACAUAUGGGUGUUUUGGGUUUUGCUGUUUCCGAUAAGCUAUGCCACAGUUAACCAAAAUUCAGUUCAGAUGAAGAAGUGCAGGAUGAUUAACAUCAGGGUUGUAAUCUAAAAAGGUGGCUAGUUUAGUAAUUAUCAGACAAUUUUAGUUAGUCUGUCUUUGUAAUACUUUGGUAGAUGUUCAUACAUCGCUUAUUUUCAGUUGGUCUAGUAUGUGUAUGUAACUGAUGUGUUUGGCGUUUUAAUAAGUUAGUUACUUUGUGAA